ACCUUAAUAAAACUCACUGAGGUCUGGGAGAAAAUAGCAGAUCUGCUGCAGAUAGGGUAGGGGAAAGGGUCUAGAAUAUGUACACGCAGCUGAUUCAGGCAAGCUCCACGCUGGACGGUUACACAGAGAGGAAACAAUAAAUCUCAGCUACUAUGCAAUAAAUAUCUCAAGUUUUAACUAAGGAAACUACCAUUACAGUGAAAUAAAAGAAAUAACAUUUUAGAGCAAAGCUAACAAAUGGCUAGCUUUCUGUGAUUCUUCUUCAAAAGCUUUCUUUGAGGGGGAAAAAGUCAAACAAACAAGCAGUUUUACCUAAAAUAAAAACUAGUUUAAAGGUCAGAAGAAAGGAGCAGGUUUUGCGAGAGGCACGGAAAGAGAGUGCUGGCAGUACAAUGACAGUUUUCCUUUCCUUUGCUUUCCUCGUUGCCAUUCUGACUCACAUAGGGUACAGCAACCAGCGCCGAGGUCCAGAAAACGGUGGGAGAAGAUCUAACCGGAUUCAGCAUGGGCAGUGUGCCUACACUUUCAUUCUUCCAGAACACGACGGGAACUGUCGUGAGAGUACGACAGACCAGUACAACACAAACGCUCUGCAGAGAGAUGCUCCACACGUGGAACCGGAUUUCUCUUCCCAGAAACUUCAACAUCUGGAGCAUGUGAUGGAAAAUUAUACUCAGUGGCUACAAAAAAUUGAGAACUACAUUGUGGAAAAUAUGAAGUCGGAGAUGGCCCAGAUACAGCAGAAUGCUGUUCAGAACCACACGGCCACCAUGCUCGAGAUAGGAACCAGCCUCCUCUCUCAAACCGCAGAACAGACCAGAAAGCUGACAGAUGUUGAGACCCAGGUACUAAAUCAAACUUCUCGACUUGAAAUACAACUGCUAGAGAAUUCAUUAUCAACAUACAAGCUAGAGAAGCAGCUUCUUCAACAGACAAAUGAAAUCCUAAAGAUUCAUGAGAAAAACAGUUUAUUAGAACAUAAAAUCUUAGAAAUGGAGGGAAAGCACAAGGAAGAGUUGGACACCUUAAAAGAAGAGAGAGAGAAUCUUCAAAUCUUGGUUACUCGUCAAACAUAUAUAAUCCAGGAGCUGGAGAAACAACUGAACAGGGCCACCAACAAUAAUAGUGUCCUUCAGAAGCAGCAGUUGGAGCUGAUGGACACAGUGCACAACCUCGUCAACCUUUGCACUAAAGAAGUUUUACUAAAGGGAGGAAAAAAAGAGGAAGAGAAACCAUUUAGAGACUGUGCAGAUGUAUAUCAAGCUGGUUUUAAUAAAAGUGGAAUCUACACUAUUUAUAUUAAUAAUAUGCCAGAACCCAAAAAGGUAUUUUGCAAUAUGGAUCUUAAUGGAGGAGGUUGGACUGUAAUACAACAUCGUGAAGAUGGAAGUCUAGAUUUCCAAAGAGGUUGGAAAGAAUAUAAAAUGGGCUUUGGAAAUCCCUCUGGUGAAUAUUGGCUGGGGAACGAGUUUAUUUUUGCCAUAACCAGUCAGAGACAGUACACACUAAGAAUUGAGUUAAUGGACUGGGAAGGAAACCGAGCCUAUUCACAAUAUGACAGAUUCCACAUAGGAAACGAAAAGCAGAACUACAGGUUGUAUUUAAAGGGUCACACUGGGACCGCAGGAAAACAGAGCAGCCUGAUCUUACACGGUGCUGAUUUCAGCACUAAAGAUGCAGAUAAUGACAACUGUAUGUGCAAAUGUGCCCUCAUGCUAACAGGAGGCUGGUGGUUUGAUGCUUGUGGCCCCUCCAAUCUAAAUGGAAUGUUCUACACUGCCGGACAAAACCAUGGAAAACUGAAUGGUAUAAAGUGGCACUACUUCAAAGGGCCCAGUUACUCCUUACGUUCCACAACAAUGAUGAUUCGACCUUUGGACUUUUGAAGGCAUCAUGUCAAAAGCAGUGAUAAAAGCAACAGAGAAAUCUGAAGA